CUGAUAUCGAAACAUUUUGUUUUGCAGCCAAAUAUUAUGUUCUGUUAGUUUCAAAAUGCUGUAUAAUUCUCCACUGAAUAAAUAAACAAUAUGCUGUAUUCUUAUUGUGGAUUUAAAGUCUAAAAGUGCAGCGUUUUUACAGCAGAAGCAAACAAAAUGUCAUCAAAUAUUUCAUCUAUGCUGCAGUUUUGGAAAAAUUUUAAUCUCAUCCAACUUCAGAGAGAUUUGGAUGUGAAUGCAACAGAACUUGCCAACAGACAAGAUGCAAGUGAUGCAUCAAGACGACGACUAGUAGAACAAAGCAAAGAGUUUAAAAGAGAAACACCUGAGGAUAUACGCAAGUUGGUUUCUCCUUUACUGAGGAGCUUCCAGGGGGAGAUCGAUGCUUUAUCAAAACGCAGUAAAGCUUGUGAAGCCGAUUUUCUCAAUUUAUACAAGAGGUUGAUAGAAUUACCAGACCCGGUUUUAGCUCUUGAACAAGCGGAGUCAUACCAACGUAAAGCACAAAGACUAAAUGAUGUGGAAACCGAAAAUCAGAAACUGAGAGAAACUCUAGCGGAAUAUAACAAAGAAUUCGCUGAAGUCAAAAAUCAAGAGGUUACGAUAAAAACUCUUCGCGAGAGAGUGAGGGAUUUUGAGAAAGGAACUGAGACACGUGCGAAACAACUCACUCUAGAGAAAAAUGAAGAAUUGCAGAAACAAUUUGAAGAAAAAGAAAAAAAACUACAAGAGACUCAGCUGCUGAUAGCCACGAAACUGGGUGAAGCAGAGCAAAUGGCAUCUACGUUCAAAGCAGCUCUUGAUGCUUCUCAAGCAGAAUUAUUUGAUCUCAAGUCAAAGUAUGAUGAAGAAACUGCAGCGAAACAAGCAGAGUUGGACCUUGUGCUUGGAGAUUUGGACAGAUCAUCUCAAAGAAAUGCAAUCGCUGAAAAAGAAAUUGAAAAUUUAAGAGAACAAUUGCUAGACGGUGGCAAUAGAUCCCACGAGCAUGAGAAACCUUCAACAACCGCAAUGGAGGAAGCUUUUGAAGUUCUUUCAAGGUCAAGUUUGGAGUCUGAACUUGCCAACAAAGAAAAAGAGAUAAGUCAGUUAGUGGAAGAUGUCCAACAUCUUCAAGGAUCAAUGGGAAAAUUGCGAGACACAUCUGCUUCUGCUAUUGCCAAGUUGGAAGAAGAAUUAAGCAAUAAGAAUUCCAUUGUACAGGAGCUCCAGAGGCAACUUGAAGAAAGAGAAGACUACAACGAAAUCAAGCGUGAAUUACAAAUCAUAAAAUCAACUGAAUUCUCUACUCUGGAUUCUACACCGAGCGGCGAUCAAUUUCAUUCGAGUUCGUCAAAAUCUAAAAGUCUUGAAAUGUUACUGCUUGAAAAGAACAGAGCGCAACAGUCUGAAAAUACUGCUUUGCGUGCCGCUAACGCUCAACUGACUGGUAGUCACCGAGGAAGCAACGCCGUACCGAUCACUCCACCGCAUUCGUCACCGGAAAGAGUUCGACGCGGAAGAGAAAGAAGCACAUCAUCACGCUAUAGAAAUUUUUCUACAAAUUCUCAUCCCUCGCAAACAAUAAAUUCCUUUAGCCCGUCUCAAGAAUAUUCACAACUUUUUGAACCAACUGAUGCCUUGUCACAGUUGCAGUUACAAAACCAACAACUAAACGCUUUAUUGAAUUUGAAAAUUUUAGCGAAUAUUAAAGCUGCUGUCGCGGCUCAAAAUAUCAACACUUCUCCACUUUCCGCUCUCGGAGGUUGCUUAAACAUGGCAAAUCAAUCUAGAAGUUCAUUUCGAACCCCGGGUCGGGAAACAUUCAGCCCCCACAAUAGGCCUGGAACGAGUCGUAGCAACAAUACGAUUCCAAAAAACUUCGAAUCGCAUUUACUUGCCAAGUAUUUGUCGCAGUUACAGAAGCUUGGUGUUUCAAGUUCUACAAGUUUGCCUGGAUUGUCACCUAAGUUAUCUAGCAAUUCCAGAACGAAUUACCACAAUAGCCAAGAAUUUUCCGAUAGUUCAGACAAUGAAAAUUAUGACGAAGCAUUUUCGCAGAAUUCAACCCAUCAUCGUGCAUGGGGUGGCAGUAAUAAUAUUAACUCUCGACAUGUGAGUGACCCAAGUACAUUGCGCACUUCGGCUGUUACUUCUCAUAACGACUCAGACACAUCUUUUCUAUCACAAAUUCGAAGGCAUAGCCUUGGAGGAGAUCAAAUAGCACAUCUUGAAGAAGUAGACACUGAAGAACUAACUUGCCAGGUUAGAGAAUUGCUUCAAGCUAAUAAUAUCGGACAGAGGGCUUUUGGCCAAUACGUUUUAGGAUUGAGCCAAGGAUCCGUCAGUGAGAUAUUAUCCAAGCCAAAACCAUGGUCAAAGUUGACUUACAAGGGCAAGGAGCCCUUUUUCAAAAUGUUGGAUUUUGUCUCAUCCAGCAGUAACGUUGAUGCAUUAAAAUCAUUGCAGAGGAAAGACCGAGAAGAUAGAGUAUUAUGCGGUGGUAGAACACAGUCGUCUUUGAGGCAAGCCGAUCCAGAUUCGGAACAGGCUAUUGCCAACAUAUUGGCCGCUGCUCGUGAGGAAAUGAGAGUUGAGCAGGAAAAAAUCAAACGAUCUCAAGACUUUUAUACUUAUCAACGAGAAAGUGAGACAACCAAUAUCAGAAACUCUCUUUCAAAUCCUGAUCGUGAUACGUCACCAGACAAAAGUUUCUCGAAAGUUUCAAGUUCAACAGGAACUAUGACGACCGUUGCCGCAGCUGGUCGUUGUUCUUAUUCAGACAAUGCUGUUUCAAGAUUUACUGAAAAAGUGAAAACUGUUGCCACAAGUGUCGCUGUAGAGCAAACGCUUGAAACAGGCAUGCCAUCAUUAAUCAAAAGACAACGCUGUACAACAGGAAAUGAAAGCGGCAGGGUGCUACAGAAGACGCACAAAGAUAAGCACAUUCGUUCUGAGUCUCAGUCAGAACAGAAUGAAUCUUUUGUGACAACAGCUAGUGGCAAUAGUCAUUCCAGCCACAACAGGUCAAAGGUUACGUCAAGUUCAAGUUAUAUUGAUAAGGAAAGUGUUGAUCAUAGUGGAAACAAAGAAGAUCAUUUAGUGAAAUCUGAGCCUCGAGAUAGCGGAGAAGUUUCAGAUUACUUUGGUCAAGACAAAGUAUCGAAAAGUGGCUUUACAGCUACAAAAGAAGAAUUAUUAUCUGCUAAUCAGCGUUUAAUUAGUUCUCAACCUGAUUCUGAUAGCCUACAACGUCUUUUUGUGACGACAACAUACAACGACCCAUUUAUUCCGCCACCUUUGUCUCCCACUGCGGAAGAGUCUCGUAAUUCAAGAGGAAGUGGGGCUGGAACCCCAACUAGUGAUAACGAGGAUAGGCAACACUGUUACAGUUCCCCCUUUAUGGGUGCUGAGUCUCAUUACAUGAACGAUAACGGGAAAAGAUCUCCGACUACAAAAUCUGACACAGAAUUGGAAAAAAUUCAGCCGCUGAGAAAGAGAGUUAAUUCACUCUCGCCACCAUCGAGGCAUUCUUCAAACUUACUCCACGACCCACCAGUACUUUUUCGGGAGUUGUCUUGUCCAGCAUUCGACGAAAGUGACCGCGACGCUACUACUGUUUCCAGUACUACUCCGACUACGUUUUCUAACAUGUUAUCAUCAAAUAUGUCGUCACUUCAAACAUCUUCUUCACUGUUUGAUUCUCAUGCAAGCUACACUGAACUAAGUCCGGUGACAACAGGAACUUUAUAUAAUCCACAUAGAGAUGAUCACACUCAGCAUGGUUUUUCUCAAGUAUCUCAAAGUUCUUUCACAACUGUGGAAGGCGCACCAAAUGGUAUUUCCAGCAUGUUGCCGCCCUUGACAUUAAAAUCUCAUCCUCACCAUGGAUCAAGCCCGAUCCCAACUUAUUCAGCUUUGACGAAUACAAUAUCGAGCUCAAAAUAUGCAAACUACCCGCAAGAACAACACCACACGCAAGCUGAAGCUGAUUACAACGAUGAUCAACAGUUUAUUGAAACGUCAGAUUUGAUGCCGCCUAUCCCACCUGAAGCAUUACACAGAUUAUCAAUGUCACAGGUCGACACUGUUUCUGUGACGAAACAAGUCCGAGAUCGUUUGGCGAAGCACGCUAUAUGUCAGAGGAUAUUUGGCGAAAAAAUCUUAGGGCUCUCACAAGGUACAGUCAGUGAUAUUUUAUCUCAUCCGAAACCAUGGGGGAAACUAACACACAAAGGUAGAGAACCUUUCGCUCGAAUGAUAAUGUGGCUCACAGAUGCAACUGCUGGGGGAUUGCUGCCGACACAUGCAGGUUCACAACUGACUAGUGAUCCAUCUGCAGCUGAAAAUACGGCGAGAAGUCCGACUGACUCUAGCAAUGGAGAUCCAAUCAAUUUAACUAGAGAUCAGGCAAAACUCAGCAGGGAACCUUCACCUAGUUCAAAUGGAACGUUAGAUUCAAAUGCUCAAUAUGUGACAAUGUCGCCACCAUCUGCUACCCCACCCGAUUCCGCUCACACAAGUUUGGAUCGAACUUCACCCCACGAUUUGCACCCCCAUACAACCCCCGUUUCAAGCAGUUCCUCCCCGCCUGAAGAAGCAUUCAAUCAACUGGAGAGGCAUUUUAGGACCUCAGCCCCUGUUGCUAUGGAACAAUCGAACAAUGGAUCCCCUAUUACCCCGCUACAACAAAUGCUCAAUAUUCAAGAGUUAGCAGCGAGUUGUCCGAAACUAGACACAUUUGCACUCACAAGAAAAGUGAAGGAUCUUCUCACAGAACAUAAUAUAGGGCAAAGAAUAUUUGGGCAGGCUGUUUUGGGACUGACACAAGGCUCUGUCAGUGAUUUGCUGUCUCGGCCAAAACUAUGGAGAUCACUCAGCCUGAAAGGUCGUGAACCCUUCGUCCGAAUGCAAUUGUGGCUGUCCGACCCAAAUAAUAUUGAACAACUUAAAAAUUUGAAAUUGGAAAGAUGGAUGGAAAAAAAAUGGGGCGGCAAGCGACAACGCAGCAAUGACAACCAAAUGCAACAUAACUUAUCUCCUGUGAAAAAACAACGAAUCGUGUUGUCAACAGAAGAGAAAGAAGUGCUUCGUCGGACCUACGGUAUUGAACCGUAUCCAUCCCAAGAAACCGUAGAUUUACUAGCUGGAAAACUAGGUCGAAAAUCAAGCACAAUUGUCAAUUGGUUUCAUAAUUAUAGAUCCAGAGUAAAAAGAGGUUUCUUUCCUGGUGACGAAAUUCAAGAUGGUUCUGGAAAAAAGUCAGGCCUCGGAAAAAUGACGGUUAAACAACUAUUAGACAGCAUUACUUUAUCAAAACAGCCAUGCACCAAUGUGAAUCAAGGACGUGGAAACAGUUUCGAAUCGCAGCGGAAUUUUGCAUCGAAAAAUAGCCACCGUGUCACGACGCACCAUGGAUCAACAAGAAGACAAAACAGCAAUAUGUCUGACCACCAGAUGCAGCAACAGACAUGGGUUCCGACGUCCCACAUACCGUCACCGACGGGCUUCGAUCGAUACGUGACCAUGGACCAGAUGAAGACAGAAACCAUGGAUCAGCAUUUUCAAGGAUUACACAGGGUGACACCUAGUGACAUCUACUCAAAUCAAUCCAUGCAUAUCAAAGAGGAGACCAAAAUGAUGGAAUUGCAAUCGGAAAACGACGCUAUGUUCAGUUCAGCGUAUUCAUAUCCGACAUCCAACACCGUUUCAGAUAUCUUUAAAUCAGCAGAAAUGGCACUCAGCGAUCCGGUAUCAUUAGCGGCCGCUUCCAGUUUUAUUCAACCUAAACCAAUGCAUCACCAUCAACAUCACCAACACACACAUUUCCCCGGCGACGGAAAUAUGUACACAAACUUAGACGAACCACACCAAGAUAACUAUGCAGUAUCUAUUACAAACGAUUCCUAUUCUAAUAAAGUCCCUGUGUCACCACCUAGUGAUCACGGAAACAGUAUCCUACCACCCGUACAUACCCUCACCCCGAAAAAAUCUUUUGGGUCCCCUACCUUAUCCAGCUCCAGCUUAGUUUUACCGUCUGCCUCAUCUCUUCUCAAUCAGCCUCAACUUCCAAGUUUGACCCCUGACCUCAGAAUGGACCCCCAUAUGAGUUACGGAAAUUCACGACCCCACUUACCCAGGCUUGUCGAUUUAUCUAGACCUCAAUAUGACGCAAUCAUUGCAAAUAAUAACAUGAAUAAUAACUCUCGUUCAAACUUGGCCAAGCAUGUUUCUUUACCGGGCGGAGUGUCGCUCAGUGUGACAUCCACAAACGGGUCACCGACGCAAGGAGUUAGUUGUAAUGACACGAUCACAGCUACAGUUUGGGUGUCGUCUCCGAGUGAAAGUUCGGGGAGUAAAGAAGAAAAUACAAUCAUCUCGAAACCGAAUGUAGUCACAUCAGAAAGCAAUCAACCGAGGUUUACUAUGGCUGAUACGAUGGCAAAUGACAAGGAAAACACGGAUGACAGUUAUGCCUGGGUUUUUUGAGCUAUCAUAUCUUUCAUUUUUUUCAAUUUAUUUUCUUCUUAAAAACAAAAAUAGCUAUGGCGAAAAGUUGUUGCUUGUAUUAGACUAAACUACCCUUCAACUUAGACCCUAUUUUUGACUGCGACAAGCAUGAUUUUAGAUGAAACAAAUGAGUAAUGCGAAACUAUUUUUUGUCAAUGAAAAUCUAAGAUUAAUUUUGCGCAAAAUAUUUUUCAUUGCUCGAAGCUACUUUCUUCAGCCAGCUAUUUCGUUAUUCGUUAUUAUAGUUGAUAUUUACACUCAAUUUUUAUUUUCGCAUUCCCAUUAGAGUAACAACAUCGUUUCACUUUAAGGCGCUAAUUUUAACAUGUACAUUUAAUAAAUUCAUUGUUCACCACAAUCUUGCGAAGGUACAACCAUUCUUUUUACUUUUACUAAUGUUACAAACUGCCAGCAUGUUUGCGAUUUUUUUUUUAUUUUUUUUUUCAAGUUAGCAAUCCCGAAUUAAUUUUUAUUACUAGUCUUAAGAUUUUUUCUUCAAUAAUACAAUCAUUUAGUACUUUCUCAGCAUAGUUUCAGACUUCUGAACUGCCUUCAUAAUCUAAUUACACUAAUUGCCAGCAAAUCAUAAAUCCUUUCUAUAAACCAAUGCCAGAAAAAAAAGAAUUCAAUGAACUGAUCCUAAUUUUGCCUUGAGCGAAUAUUUAUAUAUAAAAUAUUCUAUCGUCUCGAAAACUAUGAGAUCUUCGACAAAUUUCAUUUUUCCAACGCAAUACCGUUCUUUGGAUUACACUGGUUUCAUUUUUUUAAGUAAAUAUUUUCCUAUUUAUCUAAUUUUUGGUGUUCUUUCUAAUCAAAAUCUUGCUUUGGUACAUUUACUAUUACCUAUACAGAGGUGAAGUAGCAAUUUCCCAUUUUGAAUCAUGCUAUUGUUGCCAGGUUUUUACUUACACAACCUGUGUUUCCAAUUUUUUUUAGCAAAUCAGUAUAAUAAUGAGUCAAUUUUCUGGCAACAAAGGCACUUCAUUUAAAAAAAUUCAAACUGGACUGGAUCGGUGAAAGACAUCUUGCUUCAUACCUCAUUUAUUAUAUACACAAUGGCUGUGUGUGUGUUUCUCAGCAUCCUAGCCUCGAAAUAACUUGAAUUUAUUUUUAAUUUGAAUUGGACUAAGGCAUACUUUUACAGCAUAAAAACAGUAGUACAGCAGCAUUGGCGACAGUUGGUACAAAGUGCAAUACAGUACAAUAAUGAAAAAAACUUGCAAUUUUUUCUCAACUUUUUUACUUUUUUGUCCCUUAUCGACUCCACAGUGUGGACACAGAAUAAGAAAACUUUAGUGCUUAUUUGUGUGAUAAUAGCAAUUAUUUCUCUCUUUUUUGAACUUCUGAAAUGAGUGUUUUGUGUAUACUAUAAUAUUAUCAUCGACUUUCAAUUGUUUUAUCUAUAUUUUAUUUAUAUAUGACCUAUUUUUUUGUAUUCAUAACGGAUAAAAGACUGCCCUUUGUUGAAGGCUGUGAAUAUGAUUAUUGAUUAAUAAUAAUGAAAUGUCAUGUUUAAAGUGUUCCUAAUUGUUCGCUCUAAUAAAAUUUAAAAAUUCA